UUGGAGAAAGCACAUUUUAGUUGUAAAGUGCAAGACUAAGAACUCAUAUCAACUCGUUUGAGCUAGUGGCUAGUUUGCCCGCAACUGUAAGUGUAAACACAUCGGUUUUGUAAAAUAUUGUACAAAAGUGCUAGAAACACAUUAAAACGCAGAACAAAACAGUUUUUAGCACAGAAAGUGAAACUUGUGUUGCAAAUAUGACGAAUGCUGAUCUACAACGCGAACGAGCGGGUGCAACUAUUUCGAGUGAAGACUUUGCGGAGUGGUGGGCAGGCGGCGGUGUUGCACUGCGCGAACGCAGAGCUUUAGAUAAGCUUUUCAUGGAAGAUGCAGACUUGACGGACCCCCAGCACACGUCGCUGAUGUCGCAUAAAGAGCUUUAUGAGUACACAAUUGCGAAAGCUUGCAAAUUUCUUAGCAAACUGCGCCACUGGCACGCAGCCAAUGCGGACAGCAAAGUCGAUGCACAGCAGAGCGCGAUUGUAACGCUAUACGAUUUUCGAAUGCUGCUGGCCGGCCCACUGGGUACGGCGUUGUUUCAGCAAAACUUUCCGUUGCGCUUGCAUUUUUCGAUGUUCUUGCCGACAUUGUUGGGCCAGAGUACGGAGGAGCAGCAGCGCGAAUGGUUCGAACGCGCUUGGCGCAUGGAUGGCAUUAUCGGCACAUAUGCGCAAACGGAGCUGGGCCAUGGCACUUUUAUACGCGGCCUAGAGACACGCGCCGAUUACGAUGCACAAAGCGAAGAAUUCAUUUUGAAUACACCAACGCUAACGGCGUACAAAUGGUGGCCCGGUGGUAUGGGUCACAGCGCCAACAUGGUGAUUGUCAUGGCGCAAUUGUAUAUAAAAGGGAAACACCAUGGGUUGCAUCCAUUUUUGGUGCGCAUACGUAAUGCGGAGACGCAUCUGCCGGAGCCGGGUGUAGAUGUGGGCGAGAUCGGACCGAAGUUGGGCGUGAAUGGUGUGAAUAAUGGUUUUCUGGGGUUGAAGCACGUUCGCAUACCGCGUACGCAAAUGUUAAUGAAAAAUGCACAAGUGCGCCCUAAUGGGAGCUUUGUGAAAGGGCCCGAACCAUUGCUUACCUAUGGUACCAUGGUGUUUGUGCGUGUAAUGAUCAUACGCGAUGUUUCCUUCUGUUUGCUGCAAGCGGCCACGAUAGCAACCAGGUAUUCGGCAGUACGACGUCAGAGUCCAAUUGCAGCCGACCAACCCGAACCACAAAUAUUGGAUCACACCACGCAACAGGCGAAGUUGUUUCCACAAAUCGCAAAGGGUAUAUACUUCCGUAUUGCGGCCGACGCUGUCUGGGUUAUGUAUCAGAAUGUUGUGAAGGAAUUGGAUGCUGGUCAGCGUCGCAACUUGCCCGAGCUACAUGCCUUGUCCUGCUGCCUCAAGGCAUACUGCUCAUCGGAGUCCGAGGAAGGCGUUGAAGUAUUACGUAAAGCCUGCGGCGGUCACGGUUAUUUGAGUUCGUCAAAUUUCCAACAAAUCUAUGGAACCGUCACGGCCGCAUGCACUUACGAAGGCGAAAAUACGGUUUUAUUGCUGCAAACUGCGCGCUUCCUCCUCAAACAAUAUGCGGAGGGCCUGAAACGGAAAGUACUGCCACACAGCGUCAGAUAUCUGCGUAAUGCAACGCGUCCCAAAUGGCGUAAAAAUAUUGAGCUGACAAUGCUGACGGCGCUCUUGGAGUUUGCGGCUACAGAAAACAUUCGUACGCUUUACGAGUAUCAAAGAGAGCAGCGUAAACUUUUGAAGUUGGAACACUUGGUGGCCAAUAAAACUGGCGUACGUUUGACACAAGUGGCCACGUUACAUGCACGCGCAUUCCUAGCACGCACCGCCUUGGAAGAGACCGAAAAGUUUUGUAAACAGCUGAAACCCGUUUUGGCGGGCGUUCUCAAACAGUUAGCGGAGUUGUUCGUUUUGGAAUUGUGUUUGAGUAGUCUGGGUCACAUUCUAGUGUCUUAUUCGUUAAACCAGCGACAAGUCGAUCAGCUGCGGGCUCGCUACGAACAUUUGCUGGCGGACUUUCGUGUCAAUGCCGUCACUGUGGUCGAUGGUUUCGAUUUCAACGAUCGUGUGUUGGGCUCCACUUUAGGUUGCUUUGAUGGACGUGUCUACGAGCGGCUCAUGGCGGAGGCGCGCAAAAGUUCCUUGAAUCAGGAGUCGGUUAACAGCACAUUUUACACACACCUUAAACCGUUAAUGCAGGGAAAGUUGUGAAUACUUUUGGGGUUGUAAUAUUAUAAUAAAUAAUAUUAUAAUAAAGUUUGGAAUCUGAGGACAUGUUAUCCGGCUUUGUUGGUUCAAAGAUUGCACAAGCCUUCACUUCAGGUGUCAAUAUCCAAAUAUUUUCCUCAUUUGCCACAAAGAA